GCAAAGGAGCGGAUGCUCAACUUCAUACGGAGUCUACAGCUAUUCAUCAGGUCGCAAAUGACAUCUCAGAGACCCAUCGUAGCCGUUAUAGGCACUACUGGCGUCGGUAAAUCUCAAUUGGCCGUGUCCCUCGCCCAAUCUUUCAGCCUUUCUCGAGCACCACGGUUGGGCAUGAACAACAAUGAAAACAAAACACACCCCGCAGUUGUGCUUUCUGCCGACUCUAUGCAGCUUUACACUGGUCUAGAUGUGAUCACCAACAAGGUGACAGUUGAGGAAAUGGGUGGGAUUGAACAUUGGGGACUGAAUAUGGUUACGCCAGGUGAGGAUACGAGCUGGGAAGUAGGGAAGUGGUGUAACGAAGCAAAUGCAAAGAUUACAACACUGCCAGUUGAUGUCUUGCCAAUAAUUUGUGGCGGGACGCAUUAUUUCAUCCAGCACUUCCUUUUUCCCCCACCCGAGUUAUCUUUUGUUCGCGAUGGCGAGAUCAAAAGCCAAGCAAAAGAUCCUAUGUCUGUCAGAUGGACACCUCCAGGGCCUAGACCGCCCAUUCCAGAAAACCUGUCACCAGAGCUGUUAGCUCUCUUGGAUACCUUUUGGCUUACAGAGCCUACAUGGCCUAGUACUUCCGGAUCUUCAGUAACGGAAAGAAAUCCCGGACCAUCAAAGUCCAGUAGACCUACAACAAGAGAGGAUGAACAUCUUCUUGCGUUGCAUCGUCUAUUGGAAACUAUCGAUCCAAAGGAAUCUCAAAGAUGGCAUUGGCGAGAUGGGAGGAAGGUCAGAAGGAGCUUGGAAAGAUGGUGGGAAAGGGGAGGCACCGUGGAUAGCGUCCCUUCAUCGAAUGGCCUAGAGGAGCCGAAGGGAAGGGAGGCGAGGUUUAGGACACUGAUUUUCUGGGUGUACGAGCCCAUGGAGACUUUGAGACCGAGGUUAGAUAGAAGAGUGGACAAAAUGCUCGAAAAUGGGUUGCUCGAUGAGAUAUCGGAACUAAGAGAAAUAGCCCAGAGAAUAUAUGGAAGCACAGAUGCCACAGACCAUACCGAGGGCAUAUUCCAAGCGAUAGGCUACAAAGAAUUUGCAUCUCUCCCUUUGCCCUCUCCCAAUCCUCAAUCUCAUCCGCUCUUCCCCACCAUGGUUGAUCGAACUAAGGUUUCCACCCAACAAUAUGCCAAAUCUCAACUUAAGUGGAUAAAGAAGCAGUUCUUGCCAGCGGUGCGGGAAGCCCGCUCAUUGGGGGGCGAAGUUGAAGUAUAUGUUGUUCCUGGGGGGGAAACAGGAGUCCCACUGGCAACCGAAAUCUUGCAUAAAUUCUUGAAACGAGAGAAAGUACCGUCAAAUUUGGAGGUGGGCCAUGUGAACGCAAAAGAGCUGUUGCAUUCUUUGGAGGAAAAUGGCAUUGUACCGAAUACUGCAGAUCGGCAAAGUAUAAACGCUCGUAAAAUAUGCGAAGUAUGUUCAACUCCCAAUAAUCCAUGUUCAGUACUUUUGAGAGAAUGGGACCAGCAUACUAAGACAAGAGCGCACAAGCAUAACGCCAACCCUAUCAAAAUGGAUAAAGCCGAAUGGAUAGCCAGGCAAAAAGCUAUGGGGGAAGAGAGGAAGACCGAAAGGCAAAGGCUAAAGCAAGAAUCGAUGGCAGUAGGACUAGACCAAAAAGCAGAUUGAUUUCCGAUUACGUGGUGGAUAUGAAUGCUGGUCGAAUAUCGGGUUAUCAACUGCAACAAGGCAAAAAACGCCUGAGACGAACUCCAUCCUUUCAUGGCAGCUGAUCCAUGAGACAAGAACUACUACUUGUCCCAUUACAAAGCGUACUAAACAAGC